CUUGCACGCCGCCUGGCAGUCGCAACUAUUGAAAAUGGCAGACUACGUGAUCGAGAGACAACAAAUCCGGCAUUGAGCCUUGUGCACAGAAUCCAUGACACGUAUAGUACGUACGAGCUCCUUGAAUUCGCAAUCAUGAAGGAAGUCUGGGGUGCAGACAAACUCGAAGCCGAACUCGAAGCCGCCAAAGAUGACUUACGUGGGCUUGAAAAAAAUAUUCGUAAAAUCCUUGGUAGGGAUGUUCCCGAGGGUGAAAAUGGCACUGCUGCCAUAGCUGUUAGAGCACCACAGAAAAGGCCUUUACAAGAAGAUAGAAGGAGAGUGAAUGCAGAGUUUCCAAAUAAUAAUGAAUUUGGAGCAAAAAGGAGAUGGCAAAGUAGCAAUAAUGCAGAACCAAAAACUGUAUUUAGUCGAUUAAGUGCUCGAGUUCCAUCAACUGCUGAUGAUAGUGCUGAUGAAGAUGAUAGCCAAUUUAAGCCUGCUGUAUCUUCCAGAGUUAUAGCAACACCCCGAGAAAUACCUUCUAGACAAGAAGUUAUACGUAGAGAAAGUGUUGAUGAACGAAGCAGGCAAAGGAACAGGCGCAUGUUUGGAGCUCUUCUAGGAACUCUACAGAAAUUUCGUCAAGAAGAAACCAAGUUGAAAGCAAAAGAAGAUAAAAAAGCUGAGGUGGAAGCCAGAGUUGAAGAAGCAAAGCAGAGAGAAAGAGAGCAGCUGAAAAAAGAGAGGCAAGAGCUUUUCUUAACACGCAAACAGCGAUUAGCUCAAGUAAAAGCUCUUGAAGUAAAAUUAGCCAGAAGUAAACAGUACCAAGAAUGGCGCAGUGCGCAAAUCCCGCUUUUGAAUUUUAUUAAAACAAAAACGGCACCGUACAUAUAUUAUUUACCUAAACGACCUACACCUGAGACAGAUACAUUGUUACAAGAGUCUUCAAAAGAGCUUAAAGCUGAAAUCGAUAGAAGAGAAAAAGUUUUGGUAGAGGAUCUACAAAGAAUUCAAGCACAUUCUAACUUUGGAAAGAAUCAAAAGGACAGGAACAGGUCUAUGUCACAAAAUAUGGAUCAGUCAAUGACUGAGGAGCCGGGCGAAGAAGAGAACCGUGAUCCCAAUCCAGAGAAAAAUGGAGAUGUUGAAAUGACUGAUGAUACUAGAGAAGUUCAACACCCAUCCCACCAUGAAGAAUAUGGCAAAGGAGAAGAGCGUGAUGACAAAGAUAAAUCAGAAAAAAUCGAUAAAGAGGGUGAAAAUGAAAAACAAAUAGACUCUGAUAAAGAAAGAGAGACCGAAGUUGAUAAAAAAAGAAAAGCAAAAUCUGCCAAAAGAAGGAGAGCCGGAUUUGAUGAUGAUAAUGAUUCAGAUUCUGAUGAAGAAGGAGAUGUAGAUUCUGACAAAGAAAAAAGCAAAGAUUCUGAUAAGGAAAACGAUUCCGAGUCUGAUAAAGAAAGUGAAGCAGAAUUAGAUAAAGAAAAAGAAAAAGAAAAGGAGUCUAGCGAUGAGAGAAAAAUGGAAUUAGAUAAAGAGCAAGAAGCUGAAUUUGUUCAUGAAAAACCAACAGAAACUAACAAUGAAAAAGUAGAAUUCAACAAUCAAAUGGAGGUAGAAUCUAUAGAAAAGAAAGAAACAAAAUCCGUUAAAGAAAUGGAUGAGGAAUCUUACAGAGGAAAAGAGAGCGAAUCAGAAUCUGAAAGAGAGCAGAAUGACGUUUUGAUGGAAAAAGAUACUAACGUAGAAGAUAUUAAAUCAGAUAAGAAUAAGGAUUAACGUUUAUUAAAGACUUUUAUACUGUAAAUAAAAGUAGCAAUCACGUGUGUGUAUGUAAGAUCGAAAGUGUAUGACGUAUGCUUCGUACUUGAGAUUUUCAAGGAAGAUUGUCAAGCUUAUAGGCUAUCCACUAGGAUUGUAUAUCUAGGUUUUAUAAAAGAAAUUUUAUUAGAUUACUGUUGAGUAAGACCGUCAAUGAAUUUUUGAAAGUGCGAAAACAGUUGUUUUUUUCUUUAAAAACAAGUUAAUAUUUACAUACAAAUGAGAAGUUAAUUUUAGUUGACAGUUCCAUUGUAACACGAAUCCUCGAGUAAAACUGCAAUAACAAUCAAGUCCUUGAAGUCGCACGUUCGUGCGUAAAGAGAAAGAAGAGAACUAAAGAAAAGACAAGAACUAAUGAAUCUUACAGUAACUUAUCUGACGUAAAUCUGGAGCGCUUGCAAUAGCUAUCACUGGUAUCGCAACUAAAUUAAUGAUUGUAAGACAAAAAGUAAGACGAAAUUCGGCGACGUCUAAUAGGGUAAGCGUUAUAUGCGAAAGACGCUUGUAAAUAAUGUGAGCUCUAUCGGUAUUUCCAAGAGUCUCGCGCGCCCGCAUGAUAACUAUUUAGACCAUCUCCAUCUCCCUAGAGACAUGAAAAGGAGCCUUGUUUUCGCUUGAGGAGAAUGUGAAUGAAUAAAAACAGCUAAUCCCGGCGCCAUAACGCGCUUGAACUGUAGUCGCGAGCCAUUAAGUCGCUUCGCCAUAUCAUAUGUGGCGAACAGAAGCAGCAGCAGCAGCAGCAGCAGCAGCAGCAGCAGCAGCAGCAGCAGCAGCAGCGGGGAGAGACAUGUAUAGAAUGAGAACGUGCAUGCGUCAUCGAGCGUAUUUUCAUACCCCCCGCGCGCAAAGUGAACGAGCUACGCGACGCCCAAGAAAAACAGUUUAAAUCACUCGACUGUCGCUUUGAUUCGUUGACGGUGGUUGCUGCCGCAUCCCCCCUUUCUAUUGUAAUGUGUUUUAGUUCAUGUUCUAUCGGCACUAUAUUGCGAUACUAAAUGAAUGACUAUAUUCCUUGCGGCUAUCUAAGAAAUUUCGAAUUUUUAAUUAUAAUUUAAUUACCUUAUUCUAACUUUAUAGGUAGACCUUUCAACUUUAAAUUUAAAAUGUAUGUCAUUAAAUAUAAGUCAAUGGGAAGCGCUCCAUCUUUCAAAAUUUUACAUUUACGAUUGAGUAUGCUUUAUAUGUCAGAUUAGAAAUGGUAAAACUGAUUAAUUUUUUUUUUUUUUUGGAGAA